AUGUUAGCACAACGGCCGGGCCUGUCUCCCCGAGCUCUCAGCACGGAGGAGUCUCUCUAUGUUAAGAAUGUCCCUCUAAAGGUUUGGAUCAUCGCCAGUGCUUCUUGCUUCGCUGUCUGCGCAGCUCUUGUGCUCGCCACGGUGGUGAUCACCAAAUGGGAUACCUCUGAAACCUUCACCACGAGAGAAGUUUUCCAAUCACCGGAACCUAUACUCAUAAAGCAACACCAAUCAACAACGUACAAAGACCAGACAACAGAAGACACAGCUGUAAUGGAAACUCUAUCGAUAUUCAAAAAUGUCAUCCCAAACAGAGAACAAAAGAGUCUUAUAUCUAAGACCCAAAUCCACCCUAUUCACGAGGACAUUGUACACGAAGACCGUCCGAUCAAGAAGAAGGAUAAAGCUGAAAUUGCUAUAAUAGAUAUAGCUGAACCUAAUGAUGUUGACGAUAAAAACGCUGUAAUACAUGGAGAUAAUAAUGAAAUCGUAGAUAAAUUUGAAGUCAAUGAUACUAAAAUGAAUGUAGCGGAAGAUUUCGUUCCUAGUUUUAAACCGUUAUUGGCUGGAUUCGGGAAAAGCAUUGACAUGGAAUUGCCUUAUGGAUAUUUGGAUGGUAGAGACGAUUAUUUUUACAACGACGAGAAUCUUUACGACGACUAUAUGCAGAGCAACUCGAUGACGAAUUAUUUGAUUGAGAAAAUUCAAGAACUCCACGAUUGGGUGUCGACAGAUCCAGAUUUCAAUGCUAACCAGACCAGAAAAGACAGUAAUGAUUUCGGAUCGCUUUUAAAAGCCCUUAACGAGAGUUUGGUCGAAGGCAAUGUUACAAUUGUGAUGAACAAACUAAGAAAUAUGUAUUUUGGCGAAAAUUAUACUCAUUUUAACAGCAGCAGAAAAGUUAUAGUUGCUAAUAGCACUGAUUUAUUGUCGUUUGGUAUUUUGACCCUGGAUGUUAUGCUGCUGCACAAUAUUCAGCUGAUGGCAUGGGAGAAUCAGGAACUGGCUCGGACUAAGAUGCUGCAGGAUCCAGAUGUGUUCGCUUUCAACGCCCUCUUUUUAGACCCCAGCAAAGUUGAGAUGAAACAGAAUGAGAUCGCUCACGAUAGCUCUUUAUUCCUUAAACGUUUGAAUCCACGCCAAGACCCUAUCGAAGACCUGGACAUUGGAAAGAACCUUCUGGAAAAUAUCAUGGAAGUCGGCAUGAGCACUGCUCGUGCAGCCAUACAUCUUGGGAGAGCUUACAAGAAUACUAAAAAUAUUCUCAAUCAAAUCACGAACAAGGAACAGCAAGCUGCCAACAUACAGAACCAAAUGUCACGCAACAUUGAUGGCAACACUCACGCGUUAAAUCACUUACAGACCUCAUUUGACAGUACUCAAGGUGUUGCCAGCAACGGAAGUUUUUAUACGGAAUUAGAUUGUGUUUGGUUGCUGUAUUGUAGGAAUUUAGCAGCAACUACUAAACUUAACGCGCCGUACGGAACCAUGGCGAGAAUAAACGGGGUUGCCCUUCGAAUGUUGACCGGAGAACUAGCGGCGAAUAAAGCGCUUGAUACGCUUUUAUACGAAGUACUGACUGGCUGGACAGAGUUGAAGUGCAACGAGAUGUUCCCUAGAUGCAGUAAAGUGAACGCAGCGUCAGUGGUGCUUGACACUAUUAUGCAAUCGCACAGAAAAUCACAAGUUUCUAACAGAGGACGAUAA